AUCUGUGUAUGCAAUGUAAAGCGUGGUAAAGACAAGUAAACAUUCGUUGACUGGAAUGUUUCUCCACGCUAAGCUACCCAGGGACGCUAUAAUGUUAUAAAUUAUGUUUAAUGUUGGUAUGCAAACAUUUGAGAUGGAGCGAUCUACUUCUAUUCCUGGUAAAGUAUUACAUGUGCAGUGUUUUAAUUAAUCAGACUGUUUUAUUGGUGAUCAGUUUUUAAUUUUAUUAGAAAGUACCUCAUUCUUAAAUUUGUAUUAACCACUUAGAUACACA